CCCAUAUGUAAUGCUAUCCUACAUUGGUGAAUCUGAUCAUCUCCAGCCGUGAAUCUUUAGCGGAUUCGACUAUAUACUAUAUUGUGCUCGGUGCUUCUCUUUUCACAAACUUCAACUCUCUUCGAGUUCCCACCAAAUAAAGAAUACGACAAAUACACUAAUCGAUAAUUUGCAGUCAUGAAUCUAGCAUUCUUUCUAGCUCUUUUGCAAACCCUCUUGGUAUAUGCCAAACCUCUUCCACAGGUAUCUGAAUUUGAAAAUGGCUCGGAAUUCUUUGCACCGAUAUCUGGAUUCGUCCCUUCAACCAGUUCAGUAGUUCCUAGCGUUCAAGUAAUAACAGUUCCAACAUCUUCUGGAACUGUGCAGAUUCUCCCCGAACCGAGCACUCAAUUGCCAGCAACUCAAGGAAUCAUCGUCACGCAACUUGAUCCUGCUGGAAUUCAUACAGGCAAUCCGUUGUUGAGAACUUCGAUUCCUUCACCUACAGCUACACUUGGCGGUGGUCAACCAACCGCGGUUCCAGGCCCGAAGCCACUUGGUCCACUUGCAGACAAUAUCUUCCAGCCUGUUUCUACGGAUCCUCCGCCUGGAAACAUCCCUCAGCGUGCCGAUCAUCCUGUCCUUCGUCUGAAUGUCUUACCUUCACAGCAAGAACCUAUCGGCACCAAUAAGUUCUGGCAAAACUUUCUUUUGGGUAGUCAAACUUCUGGAACAUGGACUCAUCCCUACUCCAUGUAAGUAAUAAUCAUUCUUUAUUUGCGAGAUCCUUGAUACACCUCUCCUUCCUGUGAUGUAUAAGCCUGUAUUCCGGAGCUUUGUUAUGUUUCACCCUCAGCCAACUUUCUUCACUGGCUAGGAUCUGGAAGCACUAUUGAUAAUACUGACAAGUUCAUUGUAGUGCGUGGUCGAAAGGCAAAGGAGCAACAGGCAGCUGGGGUAUGUCCAUCUCACAUAUUGAGGACAAUCAAAAGGUCUUUGGUGAAGGGAACCCGGUGCGCUACUUUGUCAAUCCCAUUGGAGUUCAAUCUAUCGUGAUCUCGGCUCUCGAGCUCGGUGGAGACACAAUACUCUCAUCCGAACGGCUGACUGCAUUCUCCGCGCACAUAAGUUUACACGCGAGAGCUGGCGAUCGACCGCUUAUCCAGCUUCCGAUUGUCCAGGGAAUGGGUUUUGUUACAGCUGGCUGUAAUGCAAUUACGCCCAUUCUUCAAUCCGGAGUUCUGUUUCGUUCUAUCAAGAAAGCGUCCCAAAAUCCAAAACCAGGAGUAAUGAAAUUCACCAUCGAGCUUGAGGAUAAUAAGAAGUGGUUCCUCUAUGCCUGGUCCCCUUCGGGUAACAAUUUGGAUUUUACCGUUAUCAAUAAUGGAUUGAUACAGGCCACCUCCACAUUCGACGGUGUUCUCCAAUUUGCCAAAGAUCCGGGUAAUGGAGAGGCUCUUUAUGAUACUGCUUCCGGUGCCUGGGCCGUUACUGUUGACCUUUCUGGAACUGCAGAUGGUGCAGUUGGUUCUUAUACGUUCACUUUUAAUAAAGAGGGCUAUACUGAUAAUCCACCUACACUUCUGAUGUACGCUUUGCCACAUCACAUUGCCUCGUUUUCCCAGGGCACACGAGCAAAUGUCAAAGACCCACAACUUGAUACCACCACCAAAGGAAGAGCCACUGCUGUUGUUGCUGAUUCAUGGACUCUCUCUGAGAGCUUACCAACUUCAAUGGGCUUUGGACCUUGGGAUCCGGAUCAAGGCGAGAAGAAAGGCUUGUCGGAUGAUGCGAAGCGCAUUGUUCAUACCAUCGCUGAGAAGGAAAUAUCCCAGGAUAUGAAUGCGCAAAGCAAUCUGAACUCCAUGUAUUACAGUGGGAAGGUAAGUCUUUCACAUGCCUGUACGAGCUUUUUAUCUUCGUUCCUGCCUAGUCUAGCGAGGCGACGUGGGUCACGAGUCGAAACAAAACAAGCCCCCUUUUCAGAACAUUCACCUCGCUUAAUAACUGUCGCUUAAUCUCUAACACAUCUCAAGGCACUCGCAAAGUUUGCGCAGAUCGUCUACGUUCUCAACGAUAUGCUAGAUGAUAAAGGCCUAGCUCAGUCGGGAUUAAGCAAACUCAAACAGGCGUUUGCUGUAUUUAUUGAGAACCGUCAACAAUUCCCCCUGUUCUACGAGUCUGCUUGGCAUGGCUUGGUAUCAUCCUCUACAUAUGCAACCGCUGACGCAGGUACUGAUUUUGGAAACACCUACUACAACGAUCACCAUUUUCACUAUGGAUACUUCGUUUAUGCAGCUGCUAUAAUUGGACAUGGUAAGGGGUACAUUCUGGGACCUCCAUCUAGCAGAAAAGUUAAUUCACCGUGUAGUCGACCCCUCUUGGAUUGAUCCCAACAAGGCUUAUAUCAAUGCUUUGGUUCGAGAUUAUGCUAACCCUUCUCCAUUGGAUACCUUCUUCCCUCAACAUAGGAACUUUGAUUGGUACCACGGUCACUCUUUUGCACAUGGUAAGUUUGAGCAUUCACCCUCUUCCCAACACCCUUCACCCCAUGUCUCAACUGUUACAUAACCUAACCACGACAGGUCUUUACGAAACUGCAGAUGGCCGCGACGAAGAGUCCUCAUCCGAAGACAUCAUGUCCCUUCUUGCCCUCAAACUCUGGGGUUCAGUAAUCGGCGACCGCAAUCUUGAGGCGCGAGGAAAUCUCCAGCUGGCAAUCGCCUCACGCGCUCUGCAAAAUUACUUCCUCUAUGAUUCUACUAACGCCAACCAGCCAUCCAACUUCAUCGGAAACAAGGUAUCCGGGAUCCUCUUCGAGAACAAGAUUGAUCAUGUAACCUAUUUCGGUACUAAUAUCGAGUAUGUCCAGGGGAUCCACAUGAUUCCUCUCAUAUCUGCUAGCGGAUUGGCCCGAACCAAAAGAUUCGUUACCGAGGAGUGGAACGCAUUCUUCAGUAACGGAAGAGCAGAGGGGACCGGUGGGGGCUGGAGAGGUAUUUUGAUGGCUAAUCUCGCGCUAAUUAAUCCGAAGGCUAGCUGGGAUUGGUUCGUUAAUGGUGCUUUUGAUGCUGCUGGGUUGGAUGGAGGUGCGAGCCAAACCUGGUACGCUGCUAUGGCGGGGGCUUUGGCGGGCGUUUGAGGAUGAGAGUUGUGGGAAACUAAACAAAGGGCAGCGAAGGGUUUGAAUUCAUAAACGAUACAACCUGACUACGAGG